AUGGGAGAAGUGGUUAUAAUCAUUGAUGAGACAAAGAGUUCGAAACUGAGAAUAUCGCGUUGCAGAAUUUGUCAUGAAGAAGAAGCAGAAAGUUUCUUCGAAGUUCCUUGUGCUUGCUCUGGAACCGUUAAGUUCGCACAUAGAGAUUGCAUACAACGUUGGUGUAAUGAGAAAGGAAACACCACUUGUGAAAUUUGUCUUCAGGUGUACAGACAUGGUUAUACAGCAAUUCCGAAACCAUCCAAAAUGAUCGAAGAAGAAGAAGUCACGAUCAGAGAAGGUGGAGGAAGACGAAGAAGAAGAUUAGUGUCUAUAACUGAAUCAGACUUUACUCAGACUAACUCUGUUGCUACUUUCUUCAGAUCAUUAACUUUCACUGUAAGUUACCUCUCUUUUUCUGUUUUCUUUCUAAAUCAUUUAGUUUUGAAAGUGUUUUUAGUUUUUUACCAGAAUUUUUGGGUAGAAAGAAAGUGAAUAUAAUGUGAUAAGAGAGAAAACUCAAUAUAUCAAUAUAUAAAUUAGUUAAAACAAAUGAUGAGGAGGGUUAAAGUCCUUAUUAGUUUAGGGAUCUCUCUGGAAUAGAUAUGGCAACCACUACUACUUACUAUAUCCAUAGCUUUUUGGCCAAAUCUAUUUCUUAGCUAUGUGGCAAAGCCUAUAAAUGUGUUGUUCUUGUUGUUAUAAUGUUUCUUUCCACCAAGAAUAAGAAAAGAAAAAAUUGAAAUCAAAAGUAAAAUGUUACCGUUAUAAAAUUUGUCACCAUUUACCUGACGUAUUAUGUCAUCCCGCCCCCUAAUUUUAUAUGAAAAAAAGUUUGGUCAAGGGCUUUUUGGAGUUUGUUGCAGAAUUGGAGGUUAGAAAAAUUAUAUUUAAUGGUAGGAAUGUUGUAGCAAAAAGAAAAGCAUGUAAGGUUGGGUAAGUUUGGUGGUUGGCCAAGAACUUUGAGUUUUUAGAC